AUGAUAACUAAUCUGUUUUCUAUUUUUGACCCAGCCAGGCCCAAUAGGCUAAGCGCAAAUUGAUGCUCUAGCUUAUUAUUCGUUCUACUGAUACCUGGAGCCCAAUGAGUCGCGAGUACCCGUUACAGGGGUCUGUUCAAACAGUUAAGAGAUUACUUAUUUAGAGAGUUUCGCCCUAUUGUUAAAAAAGCGAGAUUUGUUCUUUUAAUUAGAGUAAGCCUUUUAUUAUUAAUUAUAUUUAAUAAUGUAGCAGGGCUGUUGCCGUAUAUUUUUACUGCUACUGCUCAUUUAAGAUUUAGUCUGUGUUUCGGUUUGGCUGCCUGAUCAGGAUUAAUACUGUAUGGUUGAAGAUUUAACACUCAAGCUUUGUUAGUUCACCUGAUUCCACAGGGCACUCCUGCAGCUCUUAUGCCAUUUAUAGUUGUUAUUGAGAGAAUCAGAAAUAUUAUCCGUCCUGGCACGUUAGCAGUGCGGCUAAGAGCUAACAUAAUUGCAGGACAUUUAUUGUUGUCUUUGUUAAGGAGAUCUUUUAGGUUUAGCCCUCUAAUAGCUGUGCCUAUUCUUGCUAUCGCAGAGUUAGCUCUGAUCAGACUAGAAUGUGCGGUGGCUUUUAUUCAGAGUUAUGUGUUUAGAGUCUUGUUGACUUUGUAUAUGGCAGAAUUUUCAGAUUAA